UUGCUUGCAAUUCACUGCCGUGAGCGCGGGACAGGGAACCUAGCUCUUGCAACCCAAGCCCAAGCAGCUUGCUCCGCAGCUGCUCUCCUUUCUCGGCGGCCCAAAUUAAUCGCACAAGUGUCUGCCACCCGCUGAUAUAACGGGUGCAGCCCGCGUGAUUAGGAUGGCUGGUACUGCUCCUUCCACUAUACUCUCUAAUACAUACACCAAAGACGGUUCGCCCGAUCCAUCUGCCGUGCCCUCGUCAAACGGCAGCUUCCAAGCCACUGCAGCACGCAGAUCCAGUUUCUCGUUCCUUCGAAAGCGGUCUUCUGAGAGCAAGACCAGCACGUCACGAGCGCCCAGCAUGAGUCGCAAGCAGAAGGCGCUCGCCCAGGAGGAGGAGCUGCGAAGGCAGAGAGAGGCCGCAAUGUUGCCCAAGGAGCCACCCCGCCUUCCGACCCACUCGCCUCUUCCCCAGAUUGCUAGUUUUGGAGGAGAACUUCGCCCCGAUUCCGUUGCUAUUGUCUCCAACAAGGUCGGCAACUACAGUACAAACUUCAGCAGACCUUCAGUCGAGCAGCACCGGAUGGCGCCUGCCACCAACCUCGCUGUGAUGCCACCAAUUCCUGGCAGCUCGCAUUCUUUCAUUGACACAGACCCCUACGCCAGGACUGAGAGCAUGACGAACCGUGGCCGCUACAGCUACGCCAGUAGCCAGGUCAGCGCUGUCAACAGCCCUCGCCGUGUGCGGAAGAAGAAGCAGCCUACGCCAUUCAACAUUCUCGUCCUCGGUACCAAAGGCAGCGGCAAGUCAUCGUUUAUCGAGUUCCUUCGCACUGCGCUUGCCCUGCCCGCCAAGAAGCGCCCUCACACCCCUUCUCCACCCCCCAGCGCGGUCGCGGAAGACUCACCUUUCACUUCGCAGCAUUUGGAGACGGAUGUAGACGGCGAGAGAGUGGGCGUUACUCUCUGGGAUUCCGAGGGACUUGAGAAGAACGUGGUCGACUUCCAGUUGCCCAUCAUCACUGCGUUCCUCGAGUCCAAGUUCGAGGAGACUUUCGGCGAAGAGCAGAAGGUCAUUCGCUCACCAGGUGUUAGCGACACACACAUUCACUGCGUCUUCCUCAUCUUGGACCCCGUGCGCCUCGAUGCCAAUAUUGCUGAGGCCCGCAAGAAGUCAAACGUCAUCAAUGUUGGCAGCGCCAUUUUUGGCGGCCUCGAUGAGAGCCUGGAUCUCAAUGUGCUUCGUGAGUUGCAGACGAGGACGACCGUCAUCCCUAUCAUCAGCAAGGCCGACACCAUCACUGCUGCGCACAUGCGCCACCUAAAGAAGAUGGUCUGGGACACGAUAAAGCGAGCCAAGUUGGAUCCUCUGGAGGCACUGGGUCUUGACGAAUUUGAAGAUGAUGACAGUGACCGACUAGAUGAGCGGGACGAAGACGAAUACGUACAGUCUCCGGACAACGAAGAAGUGCUGAACAAGGUGCUUGGACGUUCAUCCUCCGAGGCCGCUCGUUCUAUUGCAUCGUCGCGCGCAUCUUCCGCCUCGCAUUCCCCGUCAGCGUCUCCGCCGAACCUCCGAAGGAGCCACAGCCGCAAGCCGUCAGCGAUAUCCGCAUCGAUACAUAAGGAGGAUUCUGAGACGCCGUUUCUCCCGCUGAGCAUCAUCUCGCCAGAUCCAUAUGAGCCAGAGGUCAUUGGCCGAAAGUUUCCGUGGGGCUUCGCGGAUCCUUACAACACCGAGCACUGUGACUUCGUUCGGCUCAGAGAAAGCGUCUUCAGUGAAUGGCGAUCAGAGCUCCGCGAAGCAAGUCGCGAACAAUGGUACGAGGGCUGGCGAACUAGCCGGCUGCAAAAGGGCAGCAACCCAAGGGGGCGCGUCAUGUCCCCCAAUGGUCUUGCAGCGCAGCAAGCCUCCAUUCCUGGCUCGACUGGACGCGCUUCCACCUCAAAUAGCCAAUACCGCGCGUACCGCCCUGACAACAUGUGAAGGCUCUACUCGACAGCAUGACUCGUGGGCUGGAAUCGAA